AUGAACAGCAUAGAACAAAAUGAGGAACACAAGAACACACAAAUUGAAAUAAUAAGGAGAACCUCUGAACUUAAAAAUAACAUCACCUUGCAGAAAAAUUCAAAAUUUCAAAGAGAUACAACAGAUUAUAAAACAAAUGAAGAUGAGAGUAAUUCCAAACAAAUUACUAAAGAAAGGAAUAUAGAGGAAAUUAUUAUUGAUAACCCCACCACAGAUAACUCUAGAAGAGAAAUAGCACAUUUAUUUAGCAAAAAGAAAAACAUGAAUAAAGAUAAAGAAAAUGUACCCAAUUAUACAAAUAACAAACAUAAAACUAAUUAUCAGAAUCACAAAAGAAUUGAAGAAGUGAAUAAACAGCCAAAUAAGAGAAAUGAAAAUCAUCACAAUAAUGAGAAUGAAUAUCAGAACAUAGACUCUGAAAAUUGGUCAAAAACACCAAGUAGAAACACAAAUAAUGGUUGGCACACAAAAAGAGAAGAAUAUAUACCACAAAGGAGAGGAUAUAAUCAAUACAACAAUGAGAGAGUGUUCCAGACUCGUCAUAUAAGAUUAAAUCCACAAAUUUCCAGUUUCAGUGUGUUACAUUCAAGCACAUGUACACAGACUCGCUGUCGGAAAACCCACUAUUUAAAGCAAUCUUUUGCAUCUGUAUCAAGUGAAAUAUGCCAUGGACCACAGCACAGAUCCCCUUUAGCAGCACAGGCAUGGAGAGAACUACAUGUCACAUCUACACACCAUACAUUAAAAGAUAAGCUGCAGCCUUCAGAAGAAGAAAUCGGAACAUUUACAAAAAUAAUAGAAGCAAUGGGUUUUACUGGACCUUUGAAAUACAACAAAUGGAAAAUUAAAAUUGCUGCCUUACGAAUGUAUACCUGUUGUGUGGAAAGAAUAGAUUUUGAUGAGUUCUUUGAAAAGUGCAGUCUGCCUGAUACACUGAACUCCUGGUUCCUUGUUACACAGCUCCACGUCUGGAUGUGUCUGGUACGAAUGAAGCAGGAAGGGAGAGCUGGGAAAUAUAUGUGUAGAUACGUAGUGCAUUCUAUGUGGGAGGAUGUUCAGCAGCGAGGCAAAGUCAUGGGGAUUGAUUCUGUGACCCUGAAGAGCAGUAUGAGAGUAAUGACUGAAGUUUUCUAUGCAGCAAUAUUCGGAUAUGAUGAGGGAAUAUUGUCAGAGGAUCGUGUUUUGGCAGGAGCACUUUGGAGGAAUCUGUUCAACCAACAAUGUGAUGAUCCUAGACAACUGGAGCUAAUGGUAGAAUAUGUACGGAAACAGAUUCAGUAUCUGGAUUCAAUAAAUGGAGAAGACCUUCUAUUAACUGGAGAAGUAAAAUGGCGCCCCCUGGUGGAAAGUGACCCUCAAAGCAUCCUAAAGCCAUUUACUCCAACGUAUAACGAUGAAGGCCUUUAAAAUAUUGAUAUGAAGCAUGUCUAAUAUAGAAGUAGAUUCUAUUCCAGUUGAAAAAACAUUUUUUCUGCAAACUUUUCAGAUAAUUUCUGUGAUGUUUUUCAACUUGAAUAUGUUCUACCCUCUUUAUGAUGCUCAUAAAGAAGCCAAAAGUGUAGUAUUUGACACAAAGAAGUUAGUUCUCUGAGUCAGCGGACAAAUAUACUGAAUAUACAACUUAUUUUAUGUUUGAUUUGAGUGGAUUAGUUUACAUAGAAAAUAUCAGGGAAUAACAGACCGAAAAGCACUGAACAUUUACUUAAUUAAGCCCAUCAGGCAAUGCAGCAUAUACUAUGCAAUGCAUUAUAUCCCUAUAGCUGUAAGGGUUAAUGCAAAUUCCUGCCCAAAAACAUGUUUGCUAUAAAAUUAGAAGAUGGGAAUACAUAUGACUUACUUUCUCUAUUGCAAAAUACCAAAUCCUCUUCGUUAUCAUCUAUUAGAAUCAUGUAACCUGCCAUUUAUUUUGAGUUCUAAUUUGUUUUAACAGGUUUAAGCUUUUUAAACCACAUUUGAAUUCUGCUAUAGUCAAGCAGAAAAUAUAUUCUAGUGGUACCAGCCUAUAUACAUGUAUUUGCAAUGUCUUUAGACUUGUUUACUUAUACAAUGAACAAACAAGGGUUCACUAUUUUCAGAUAAAAUAUCAGACAGAACCCUGUACCUGAGCAAGUUGCCUCCACUUCAUGAAUGAAGAUCCCAUAUGAUACUGUAAUUAUUCUUACACAUUGUUUUGGACAAGUCCUCUGUAAAGUGGAUCCCUCUGUUUAGCUGUUCAGUUGUGUCACUGUAAGCAGUGCUGCUAUUAUAUUAGGCUAGUGGUUGUUUAGGGCACAUAUACUACAUAGAAAAUUGUUUCCUUUUGGAAAAAAAUGAAUUGACACAAGGUAAACCUUAGGAAAUUAUCAGACAUUUUAUCACUGCACAAUGUUUUAUACAAAUAGUACAAUUAUAGUUGUCUGUUAUCAUGUUGGAUAAAAUAGAUACUUCAGUCAAACCCCAUUUUUUGUUCAAAUAUAUGUGCUUCCUCUGUAAUACUGUUUUGAAUUAAUAUAAUUGUAUUCUAUAGAAACUGUGACAAAUAUGUAUUUGGUAUAAAGAUAAUAUUUAGGUUUAUCUUUUUUUUCCGAAGAUAUUAUUAUAUCCAUAUUUGUAUGUAAUAAUUAAAUUCUUUGACAUUGGUGAAUGAAAA